UUUCUAGUAGUUUCCCUGCCAUCUCCACCCCAUCUGCUUGGUUAGCAUUACAAAGAGUCUUAUCACGAUGUAUAAUUCCACACGUGUUUUUAUUGUUUUUGUUUUGUUUAAUAGGGUGGUUUUUAAUCGCCGGAAGUCAUAAAAUUAGAAAAGUUAACCCCUGACUUUAAAGCGGUCAUCUCGAUCAAGCAUACGAGUAAAAGUGACUGUUCUGUAACCACCUGGUGGUGUUGUAAUGUCGAUGUUGGCAAUUCUGACGGUCAUGAACGCACCCCGCUCCUGGCUAAGAAGGAAGUGUUGAUGAGAGAGAGAGAGAGAGAGAGAGAGAGCGAGAGAGAGAGCAGGAGGAGACGGCAAGUGUGCUAGCUGAGUUGCUGUGAUGGAUUGAGCUCUCCUAUUGGCGUUAAGGUCUUAUGAUCAUGUGCAACGGCCGUCAUCGUAGCAGAACCAUUAACCGACAUUAAUAGACUUAAUCUUCCUAAGUGAAAUAACCGGACAGAGAGGAGCCUUCAGAGUCCUGCCGCCACCCCCAUCCUGGACAUGGGGAAGGUCUACUAUAUCAGCAAGAACGUGGCACUGGUGCUUCUGGUGUUGGCCUUCAGCGCCCUGUUGACCAUCAUCGCUUUAUCCGUGGCCUACAACAAGGAGAGGGUUAAGAAUCGAGUCGGCGCUCGAGACCAAGCGCCGGCCAACAGCACCACGGACACCAGAAAGAGCAGCACCCCUGUACCGGUCUCAAAUGAUCCAUGGGACCAGUACAGGCUCCCAGACUUGCUGGUUCCCACCGCCUACAACGUGACUCUCUGGCCCCGCUUGGAGCCCAACUCGGACGGCCUCUUCAUCUUCACUGGACACUCGGCGGUGGUCUUCAAAUGUCUGAAGGCCACCGAUCUCAUCCUCAUUCACUCCAGUGAGCUCAACCACACAUUCCUGGACGGGCACCACGCCAGGUUGACGGGGGUGGGCGGCGCCUCGGUGCCGGCUAUCCGGAAGUCCUGGCUUGUGGUGGAGACGGAGUAUCUGGUCCUCCAGCUGUCGAGCAGCCUAGUUCAGGGGGCCUCGUACGUCUUGUACACAGAGUUCCAGGGAGAGCUGGCGGACGACCUGGAAGGCUUAUACAGGAGUGAAUACGUAGAGGAUGGCGUGAAGAAAGUGGUUGCCACCUCUCAGAUGCAGGCAACGUACGCCAGGAAAGCCUUCCCGUGCUUUGACGAGCCUGCCAUGAAGGCCGUCUUCAGCGUCACCAUCAUCCAUGACCGGGACAAAGUGGCUCUCUCCAACGGACGACAAACGGACGUCACGGACACGGUCAUCGACGACACUGCGGUCCGAGUCACGACAUUCGACCCCACGGCGAGAAUGUCCACCUACCUGCUGGCGUUCAUCGUUAGCAACUUUUCCUACAAAGAGUUACAGCAACACAAGGGCACGCAGGUCCGUGUCUGGGCACGAAGAAAGGCCAUCGAAGCCGGGCAGGGUGAUUACGCUCUCAGUGUCACCAGUCGUAUUCUUCAGUUCUACGAGCGCUACUACAACACAGCAUAUCCGCUGCCUAAGUCAGAUCAAGUGGCUCUGCCCGACUUCAACGCCGGCGCGAUGGAGAACUGGGGCCUGAUCAUGUACAGGGAGACGGCCCUGCUGUACGACCCCGCCAGGUCCUCCAUGGGAAACAAAGACCGAGUCAUGUCCGUCAUCGCCCACGAGCUCGCACACCAGUGGUUUGGUAACCUGGUGACCAUGCGAUGGUGGAACGACGUGUGGCUGAACGAAGGCUUUGCGUCCUACGUGGAGUACCUGGGUGGCGACUACGCCGAGCCCAGCUGGAACAUCAAAGACCACAUUGUUCUACACGACAUUCAGAGGGUGAUGUCCGUCGACAGUUUGACGUCUUCUCACCCUCUGUCCCGGCGUGAGGACGAGGUCAACAGCCCGGCUGAGAUCAGCGAGAUGUUCAGCAGCGUCUCCUACAACAAGGGGGCGGCGGUGCUCAGGAUGCUGUCAAGCUUUCUUAGCGAGCCCGUGUUCGCCGAGGGGCUCAGUUCUUACCUCAACGCGUUCGCCUUUGGCAGCACCACGUGUUCCGACCUGUGGGACCAUCUCCAAAAGGCGGUUGAAAACACGCCAAACGUGCGCAUCCCACGCACAGUCAGUGACAUCAUGAGCCGCUGGACUCUUCAGAUCGGCUUUCCAUUGGUGACCAUAGAUACUCGGACCGGGAACAUCACCCAGAAACACUUCCUGGUGGAUCCCAACUCUGUGGUGGAGAGACCUUCUCAGUUCAAUUACACAUGGCUUGUACCUCUUCAGUGGAUGAAGACGGGUGUUGAACAGGAACAGUACUGGCUCCUCCAUAAGACAGACACCCACGCUCAGAUGAAAGUGUCGGGACACGACUGGGUGCUGGCCAACACCAACGUGUCGGGUUACUUCAGGGUGAACUACGACAUCCACAACUGGAAUCGCCUCUUCUCUGUGCUCGAAACGGACCACCUGACUAUUCCCACCAUAAACCGAGGUCAGAUCAUCGACGACGCCUUCAAGCUAGCAAGAGCCAAAAUCCUGGACACCACCCUGGCCCUGAGGACCACCAAGUACUUGUCCAAGGAGAGGGAGUACAUCCCGUGGCAGACGGCGCUGUCUAACCUCUACGACUACUUUGUCGUGUUUGACCGCACGGCGGUCUACGGGCCUUUACGGGCGUACACCCGCAAACUCAUCCAGCCGCUUUUUGAGCACUUCAGGACGACAACGCGGAACUGGACCGUAGUACCUGAAACCAUCAACGAGCAGUACAACCAGGUGAACGCCCUCCAGGUCGCCUGCUCUACGGGCGUGGCGGCGUGCCGGGAGCUGACCACGGGCUGGUUCAAGCAGUGGAUGGACGACCCACAGCACUACUGGAUCCAGCCCGACCUGAGAGGCACUGUUUACCGCAUGGGAAUCGAAUACGGCGGCAUGGAGGAGUGGGACUUUGUCUGGAAGAUGCUCCAAAACGCCACCCUGGCAUCCGAGGAGUCCCGGCUCAGGGUGGCCUUGGCCUCCACCAAAGUGCCGUGGCUUCUCAACCGGUAUCUGGAGUACACGCUGGACACGACGAAGAUCCGAAAGCAGGACGCCAUCUCCACCAUCUUGUACAUAUCCAGGAACGUGGUGGGGGCGCCUCUGGCGUGGAACUUCAUCCGAGCCAGAUGGGGUGACAUUUUCCAGCGGUAUGGGAAGGGAUCGUUUACCUUAUCCAACCUGGUCAGCGGGAUCGCCAUGCGCUUCUCCACAGACUUUGAGCUGCAGGAGCUGCGGCGAUUCAAAGAAGACAACCUCCAUGUUGGCUUCGGCUCGGCCAACAUGGCCCUGGAGCAGACCAUGGAGAGGAUCUCGGCCAACAUCAAGUGGGUGACGGAGAACAAAGCCCGAAUGCUGGCGUGGUUCUCCCAGGAGUCCUCAUGAAAGCAUCACAAAAACUCUGACUGUGGCUAAGAGUCGCCACCAUUUCUCGCCGCCUGUGACCAAAACGCCAAAACGGACAUCUGGUUGCUUUUUGUCUUGCACCUUAAAGGUUCUUUAUUAUACAAAAGUGUCCCUACUGCCUCUUCAUGAGCACUAAACAUGACAAUGGGUUUUCAUGACUUCCCCAGGCUUCGCUACAAGUCCUAAAACAAAGCCCGCAGCUACGUUUGGUUUCCCUGAAGCGAACCGGCGAACCCAGCACGAUGUUGCUGUUAAAAUGUCACGUUAGCGCUGUAUAGCAUAGCUACAGCUCCUUUAGCUGCACUGCUGUUGCUAACGUUUGUGAAGUAUGACAUCUUGGGCCUUAUUAUGCCGCAUUCAAGAAAAGCUGGGAAAUUAGAAACGUUCCUUUCUUUUGGAAGGUUUGUACAAAAAAAUGGCAGCUUUUGUCCCGAUGAUGGUACAACUCCAAAUGGAACAAG